CUCUACAUAGCAUCUCUUUUAGACUGAACUCUUCAUGAAGAGCACCAUGGAGGAAGCUCAUGCCAUGCCUGUGACAUCUUUCUUCCCACUAGCAGGGUUCCACAAGCUCAUCGCCAUCUUCCUUGUUGUCCUCUCAUGGAUCUUGGUCCACAAGUGGAGCCUAAGGAACCAGAAAGGGCCAAGAUCAUGGCCAAUCAUCGGUGCGACAGUGGAGCAACUGAAGAACUACCACAGGAUGCAUGACUGGCUUGUCGAGUACUUGUCGAAGGACAGGACGGUGACCGUCGACAUGCCGUUCACCUCAUACACCUACAUUGCCGACCCGGUGAACGUCGAGCAUGUCCUCAAGACCAACUUCACCAAUUACCCCAAGGGUGAAGUGUAUAGGUCUUACAUGAAUGUGCUUCUUGGUGAUGGCAUAUUCAACGCCGACGGGGAGAUGUGGAGGAAGCAAAGGAAGACGGCCAGCUUCGAGUUUGCUUCCAAGAACUUGAGAGACUUCAGCACUGUUGUGUUCAGGGAGUACUCCCUGAAGCUAUCAAGCAUUCUGAACCAAGCAUGCAAGGCAGGCAGAGUUGUAGACAUGCAGGAAUUGUUCAUGAGGAUGACACUGGACUCGAUCUGCAAGGUUGGGUUUGGGGUUGAGAUCGGGACGCUGUCACCUGAUCUCCCGGAGAACAGCUUUGCUCAGGCAUUCGACGCUGCAAACAUCAUCGUCACGCUGCGGUUCAUCGAUCCUCUAUGGCGUCUGAAGAAGUUCUUGCAUGUCGGAUCAGAGGCUCUUCUUGAGCAGAGCAUGAAGCUCGUGGAUGACUUCACCUACAGCGUGAUCCGCCGGCGCAAGGCUGAGAUCGUGCAGGCUCGGGCCAGCGGCCAGCAAGAGAAGAUCAAGCAUGACAUACUGUCGCGGUUCAUCGAGCUGGGGGAGGCCGGCGACGAGGGGAGCAGCUUCGGGGACGACAAGAGCCUCCGGGACGUGGUGCUCAACUUCGUGAUCGCCGGGCGGGACACGACGGCGACGACGCUGUCGUGGUUCACGUACAUGGCGAUGACGCACCCGGCCGUCGCCGAGAAGCUGCGGCGCGAGCUGGCCGCGUUCGAGGCGGAGCGCGCGCGCGAGGAGGGUGUCGUGCUCGCCGACGACGGCGGCGAGGCGUCGUUCCCGGCGCGCGUGGCGCAGUUCGCCGGCCUGCUCACCUACGAUGGCCUCGGGAAGCUGGUGUACCUGCACGCGUGCGUGACGGAGACGCUCCGCCUCUACCCGGCGGUGCCGCAGGACCCCAAGGGCAUCCUGGAGGACGACGUGCUCCCCGAUGGCACGAAGGUGCGCGCCGGCGGGAUGGUGACGUACGUCCCCUACUCCAUGGGGAGGAUGGAGUACAACUGGGGCCCCGACGCGGCGAGGUUCCGGCCGGAGCGGUGGCUCAACGACGACGGCGCCUUCCGCAACGCGUCGCCGUUCAAGUUCACGGCGUUCCAGGCCGGCCCCCGGAUCUGCCUCGGCAAGGACUCCGCCUACCUCCAGAUGAAGAUGGCGCUCGCCAUCCUCUUCCGCUUCUACAGGUUCGACCUCGUCGAGAACCACCCCGUCAAGUACCGGAUGAUGACCAUCCUCUCCAUGGCCCAUGGCCUCAAGGUCCGCGUCUCCACCUCCGUCUGACCCGCCCGCCGCGCCGCGCCGCGCCGCCCCUCCCCGCCGGCCGCCGCCCCCGUCGCUUACCUAGUAGUAAAUAAGCUCGCCUAUCAACCUGUAAUCUGGUUUUAAUUUGAAUAUUGAAAUUUGAAUGUACCAUGUUUGAUCCCAGGAUUUGACCCUGGGCUGCUUGAAACUUGCAAAUUUCACCUCAAUGUUUGAUAAAUUUUAUC